AUGGCUCCGCCUUACCUCGUUCUCCCACAGCUACUCCCCUUGCAUGCCGUCCCGGUCGGCAGCCUGGUUUGUUCGCUCUUGGAGCCGCACGUCGACAUUUUCAAGCAACAACUCGGGCCUGACGUCUCUCCCGGCUUCCAAACGACUGCCCUCGACCUAUCCGGCUUCGUACAGAAAUCUCGAGAGACACGAUUCUACGCUGCGCUCACACAGUUGCUCAACGUGCACACGCAGCCUGGCUCUACCGGCGGCACGCACCUCGCAAGCAAGGCUGUCAAGCGCUACGAGAUGACCUCCCACCGCGAGGCAUUUGCCGAGCUGUGCGCCAGCGAAGACGCCAGAGCAUGGCUAGAGGAAAGCGUCAGAGCGGGAGAGAAGUGCUAUCUGAUCGUCGGUGUCACAACCGUGCUUGACGCUAGAGUAUCCCAGGCUCAUGCGAAGAGGGUUGCUACUGGAGUCGACUUGACAGCUCCGGUCAGCACGGCCUUGACUGGUGGCAUCGAUGUUUUCGGCGUCUUGGACCCCGGGGUUGGCUUUGAGAAAAGCCGGGCCACUGAAGAAUGCGUGUCCUUUGAGGCACCGGGUGAGAUGAUCUGGGCGAUUGCCUACCGCAAGAUAAAGUUUCGAUCUUUCAGGAAGAAUGUUGAUACCGCAUUUCUUGAUAAGGCUAUUCACUGGAAACCUAUGAUGAACCAACGAGCAAAGAAUGCUGCAGAUGAAGAGGAGCUGGAGGUAGAGCUAGAUGACAUUGAUUUAGAAGACGAGGACGAGUUGGUGGACUUCGCUGCAGAUGUAGAUGACGAUACUUUCAUUGUACCACAAGCCGGGGAUGAUACCAGAUGA